UAUUUUGAGCCUACAACAACAACUUUGUCAACAGCAGCGAUUAAAGAAAAUUUGGCAACGUUUAACUACAAAGUGUAGUUGCAAUAAUCAAACUCCCAGCUAUUGACCCUCUGGGUGUACGUAUGUACUCAUAAAAGCUCAGAGCAUUCAAGAAGAACAACUACAAAGUGAGGUCCGGAAAUAAAAAGUAAAAAUGUUGGUUAAAUCGACAGAGGCUUCUACCAUGUUGCCAGCAGUAAUGGUGAAAGGAUUUUUUGUCAUUCUCACUGGAACAAGCAUCUUGUGCUGCCUAGUUUUCAGUGGGUACUUCCAGGAUGCCACAGUGGAGCUUGGACCCGACCACUAUGCAGAGAGGCUGCAUCCUGUGUUGGUCAAAGUCUUGCCGGCUUGGCUAGAUAUGCCUCUGAAUACAGCAGUCAACAUCGGUUACGUUAUUGUUGGAGCAGCUUGGUGUGCCUGCACCUCAGUGGCUCUCAUGAGAGGACAGUUGAAAGAUGAUGAUGCAAAGAUGUUUUAUGUUUUCAACAUUUUAAGCUGCUUCUAUGGCCCAAUACAGAUGCUAAGAAUUCUGACACAAGUGCAUGGUUUUGGUGUUUUGGACCAGUGGAUUACGUUUCCAUUCUUUAUGUGGACUUUCCUUUGGGGGCUUCACAUUUGUUUUGGUUGGAGCACACUGAGAAAUGUACUGAUGACCAGUGUUUCCAUAAGCAGUUAUGCCUCAGUCCUCAUUCACCCUCUCGGGUUUGAAAUCUGUCUGGGCAUUCAUAUUGCACUAGCUGUCAGUGGGGCACUGAUUGCAUGGAAUGCAAAUAAACAGGCAAAGUGUCUGAAGCAUUUUUUACUUGCAAUUCUUUCUUGCUUAGGGUUUGUCUUAAUAAAACUAAUGGAUUUGCAUCUGCCACAAUACUCCAGAUUGUUUGUGUAUGUAUCAGGCCAUUUCCUUUCGAAGAUUUGUGACAUUUUUCAAAUACAUUUUGUCAAUCAUUUUUUCCUAGAAAUAACACUGUCCCAAUAUGCAAAGGUACAGAAAAAGUCUGAAUGAAUUUGCAUCAAAGAAUGCUAACAAUAAUCAUGCAGUGUGCCUGUGAGGAGUCAACAUGUACAAAUAUUUUGCCAUUUCUAUUUAUAUCAAUGCAUAAUGAUGUUUGAAGAUCAUGUUUUAAUAUAAUGGUAAUGGUAUAUUCCGUGUAGAUUAUUUUACAGAUAUUUACACUUAGUAAAGGUUUAGUCUGAACUAUUUCCAGUUAUGGAAUAACGUUGACAAUUUUGUUAUAUGAUACACUGAGAUAUGAUUUUCUCGUUACCUUCACUGUUAUCAAGUUAGGAGCUAUUACUGCUCUCUUUAUAUUGGAAUAUUUGGUAGGUACAUGUAAAUGUACCUUUUUUUGGGUACUAAGUUUAAAUAGAGUACAAACACCUGAAUUGACUUGUUUCAUGCCGUCUAUACCCUGAUGUGACUUGUGUUUCUUUUUAUUGUAUUUUUAGGCCGAAAAUCUGCCACAAAUUCCCAAUAGAAAGUUUUUGUUUAGUUUUUUGGUAGAUCCAAAUAUACAGUUUGUUAAGUAUUUUGUUAUUUGUUUGUUGUGAAGUUUUCAAAUAAUAAUUUAAAAAGUCGGCAUAAUCACCAUCAACAUCAAACUGUGAUAAAUUUAUAAGAAAACAAGAGAUGUCACCAUAGGAUGACUUAUGCCCCCUAGAGACGCUUGAUAGAAGUUAUGAGCUUUUUUAAAAUCCUUAACGCAGAUUUCGAAACCUUAACAUGGGCCCUAAGUUCAAGGUCAAGGUCACAGUGUGCGUAUGGAAAGGCCUUGUCCAUAUACACAUGCAUACCAAAAAUGAAGGUUAUAUCUCCAGGGACAUAGAAGUAAUGAGAAUUUUUCGAAACCUAAACGCAGAUUUCGAAACCUAAACGCGGACCCUAAGUUCAAUGUCAAGGUCACAGGGGUCAAAAUUUGUGUGCGUAUGGAAAUGCCUUGUUAAUAUACACAUGCAUACCAAAUAUAAAGGUUAUAUCUCAAGGGACAUAGAAGUUAUGAGCAUUUUUCGAAACCCAAACACAAAGUUGGAAACCUAAACGCAGACCCUUAGUUCAACGUCAAGGUCACAGGGGUCAAAAUUUGUGUGCAUAUGGAAAGGCCUUGUCCAUAUACACAUGCAUACCAAAUAUGAAGGUUAUAUCUCAAGGGACAAAGAAGUUAUGAGCAUUUUUCGAAACCUAAACACACAUUUUGAAACCUAAACGCGGACCCUAAGUUCAACGUCAAGGUCACAGGGGUCAAAAUUUUUGUGUGUAUGGAAAGGCCUUGUCCAUAUACACAUGCAUACCAAAUAUGAAGGUAAUAUCUCCAGGGACAUAGAAGUUAUGAGCAUUUUUAGAAACCUAAACGCAAAGUGUGACGGACAGACAGACGGACGGACAGUCCGAUCACUUUAUGCCCUCCUACCGGGGCAUAAUUAACAACAUAUCAUGUUAGACAGGACUACUCAAGUUACACGCUUGUGGACAAGUGAAUAAUUUGUACUUCCAAACCUCUUUGUAUAGUGUACUGUGCUAAUCAUUGCCUGUUUAUUCUUUAUGAUUAUUUAUUGUAAACAUGUAUUACUAUAAUCUGUACAUAGUACUAUACAUGUAGUCAGUCCAUCAUGUAUUUUCAAGUGAUCUGCGGCAUUAACUUAAUAAUUAUAUUUUGUAUUUGCUGUCUGUUAUUGUGUUGCUGUAUUAUAUAUAUAUAUUGUAUUAACUGUAUCAAUUAUAAUACAAUAAAAAAUAAAGAGCUACAAAUUAAGUAAUAACUCUUGAAGCGAC